CCCGCCCAAGGCGGAAGUGUGUGUGCCGCGGCGGCCGCGGAGCCGGGCUGAGGUGGCCCAAGCUGGCGCGGGCGGCUCUUCCGGGUCGGGGCUCGGGGACACCUUCUUGAGGCGGGGGGCCAGGAGACGGCCGCGCGGUCUGGCGGCCUCCGGAGGCUGACGCCCCGCCGCGUCCCCGCGACGCCCCCUCCUCCAGGCAGCCCCCGGCCCCUCGCGCGUGCCGCCCGCGCGCCGCUCGGGGUCUGCGCCCCGCCGGCCUCCGGCGCCCCGAGAGCCGUGACCCGGGCGCUGUUGCGGGCACUCGGGGUCCAGGAGCGGACCCCCAGGCCCCCCACGAUGACCGCGGCCGCCGCCUCCAACUGGGGGCUGAUCACGAACAUAGUGAACAGCAUCGUGGGGGUCAGCGUGCUCACCAUGCCCUUCUGCUUCAAGCAGUGUGGCAUCGUCCUGGGAGCCCUGCUCCUGGCCUUCUGCUCGUGGAUGACGCACCAGUCCUGUAUGUUCCUGGUGAAGUCCGCCAGCCUCAGCAAGCGGAGGACCUACGCGGGCCUCGCAUUCCAUGCCUACGGAAAAGCGGGGAAGAUGCUGGUGGAGACCAGCAUGAUCGGGCUCAUGCUGGGGACCUGCAUCGCCUUCUACGUCGUGAUCGGUGACCUGGGCUCCAACUUCUUCACGCGGUUGUUUGGGUUUCAGAUGACCGGGCCGCUGCGCGUGCUCCUGCUCUUCUCUGUCUCCUUGUGCAUCGUGCUGCCGCUCAGCCUGCAGCGGAACGUGAUGGCCUCCGUGCAGUCCUUCAGCGCCAUGGCCCUCCUCUUCUACGCGCUCUUCAUGUUCGUGAUCCUGCUCUCCUCACUCAAGCACGGCCUUUUCGGCGGGCAGUGGCUGGAGCGGGUCAGCUACGUCCGCUGGGAGGGCAUCUUCCGCUGCAUUCCGAUCUUCGGCAUGUCCUUUGCGUGUCAGUCCCAGGUCCUGCCCACCUACGACAGCCUGGACGAGCCGUCGGUGAAGGCCAUGAGCUCCAUCUUCGCCUCCUCCCUCCACGUGGUCACUGCCUUCUACAUCACGGUGGGGUUCUUCGGUUACGUCAGCUUCACCGAGGCCAUUGCCGGCAAUGUGCUGGUGCACUUCCCCUCCAACCUGGUGACAGAGGUGAUCCGCGUGGGCUUCCUGAUGUCAGUGGCCGUCGGCUUCCCCAUGAUGAUCCUGCCGUGCAGACAGGCCUUGAGCACGCUGCUUUUUGAGCAGCAGCAGAAAGACGGGACCUUUGCCGCUGGGGGGUACAUGCCCCCACUCCGGUUUAAGGCGCUCACCCUCUCAAUUGUGUUCGGAACCAUGGUUGGCGGGAUCAUGAUCCCCAACGUGGAGACCGUCCUCGGCCUCACGGGCGCAACCACAGGCAGCCUCAUCUGCUUCAUCUGCCCGGCCUUGAUCUACAGGAAGACCCACAGAAGCACCCUCGCCUCCCAGCAGGUGGUGCUCUGGGUCGGCCUGGGCGUCCUGGUUCUCAGCACCGUCACCACCUUGUCCGUGAGCCGGGAGCCGCCCGUGGACCUGGGACUGGGAGAGGACGUGCCCGACAGCCGGCCCGGGGAGGCCGAGCACAUUGGGGAGGCCGAGGUGGCCCGGCUCUCAGUCCGGAAGCCCGCUGUGGAGGAGGCCGGGGACGGCCGUGAGAAGCCGAAGCUGCCAGGCGGGAAGGAGGAGGUGGCGCAGGCUCAGAUCAAAGGGCCCGUGGACGUGCCGCAGCCGGAGGGCGAUGCCCGGGAGAAGCAGGAAGAGGCGCAGCUGCACCGGCCCGCUCAAGGUGUUGCAGUGCCCGUGGGGGAGGCCCACCGCCACGAGCCCCCCAUCCCCCAUGAUCAGGUGGUGGUAGACGAAGGUCAAGACCGAGAAGGGCCAGAAGAGAAUCGGCAGCCACCCAGAAACACAGACAGAAAAGCGCCAGGGGGCCAGGGGCAGAUGGCGCAUCCUGUGCCGGAUUUCGAAAGAGAGAAGCAGGAGCCUGAGGGGGCGGCCGCCCCUGGGAGGAGGCCGGGAGAGGCCCACGCCGCACAGGGAGCGGGCGGUGCUCCUGAUGGUCUCCAGAAGGUUCCAGAGGCAAAUGGCCAGCUUGCCGGCCAGCCUGCAAACAAGAACCUGGGGCCAGGCAACCGGGGUCCCCAGCCGGGGCCCCAGGAGGUGCCCUCUGAGGAGGACGGUGGAAGGGAGAAGGGUGACAGCAUCCUACUGCCCGGCCCUGCCGCCGGGCAGAGCGACCUCGGUGGGAAGGCGCUGCCCCCAGGGGAUAAGCCAGUGCCUGUGGCCAGGCUGCAGCCGGAGCCGCGGGAGCAGAGGGACACCGAGGGACAGGGCGAGGACAACGGCGGCAAGUUGGAGGCUGAAAUUAAAAAGAUAGUCGCAGAGGCUGGCAAGGCGGAGAUGCUCGACCACGCUGUCCUGCUGCAGGUGAUUAAAGAGCAGCAGGUGCAGCAGAAGCGCCUGCUCGACCAACAAGAGAAGCUGCUCGCCGUGAUUGAGGAGCAGCACAAGGAGAUCCACCAGCAGAGGCAGGAGGGCGAGGAGGCCGAGCCCAGGCCGGUGGAAAUGCAGCCUGAGCUGGUGGCAGCCAGACCCGGGGAGAAGGAGGACAAGGCCCAGCAGGGGAGAGCCGGGGAGCCCGGUGGGAAUUCUCCCCAGUCUCUGGAGCACGUUCUCGGAGGUCCUGGAGAUCACCCGGAGCCCCCAGAAGAACAUGGCCAGCGAGCUGUGGGGGCUGCAGAGGGGGCCGCAGUCAGAGGUGCUCCCGGCCCUCCUGCUGGCGGGGCCGACACAGAGGCCCGGGCAGCUCAGGCCAAGCCACGAGAAGCCCAGAAGGGCACUGCAAACGAAGCCGCUGGCGCUGCGAACCCCGCAGCCCAGGCAAAGGACCCCACGGGGGCGCCUGGGAGCCCCGAGAGACAUGGUGCUGUGGAACCCCCCCAGCAAAGCCAGGAUCUACUCAGAGGGGGUUCCCCAGAAAGGAGGGACCCUGGAAAGGAGGCGGCAGUGACCGACGGUGACAUUCGAAAAGCGGCAGGUGCACUUGAGACGGGGGCAGGAGUGGAGAUUGAGGACCCCCAUGUUAAGGCCAAACAGACCAGCCGGGACCGGGGCCAGGCCGUGGAUCUGCCCAGCAGGUUGAGGGAAGCGGCCCCCCAGCCCCAGGCUGCGCUGCACCAGGCUGCACCCCUGGGUGCCACCACCCGGGCUCAGGGCAGCCAGCUGGACCGCGCCGGGCACCUGGAGGCAGGGAAGGAAGUGCCCGCUGGCGCCGACGGACCCGCUCCCCACGAGCCGCUGGGCGCCGCCGCCGAGCAGGAGCCGAAGCCGGGGCCCCAGCCGGCCGCCCCAGGGGUGCAGAAGCCCAGCCACGACCGGAAGGCGCCAGCUGAGUCGGACCUCCGGAGACGCCGCCGGGGUCUUACCCCCGGGGACGGGGUGAUCAUGGGCUUCCACCCCCUGCCGCACGUGCCGGCCAGCGACCUUCGCAGCGCCCUGGACGCCCGACUCCGCCAGGCCGCGGGUGGGGCCCUGCAGGUGGUCCAGAGCCGGCAGAUCGAACAGCUGCCCGGCCCUUCGGGGCCCGAGGCGUGAGCGGGCGGCCCGGUGGCACUCGUUCCUCCCACCGGGUUUCGGGGUUCACGGGUGGUUUGUGGGGAGAAGCCUCUCGGCUGCUGCGUGCUCCGAGCCUGAAGGUCUCCCCGCAGGGCGGUCGUCCCUUGCCUGCCACUACCCCUUGACCUCCAGGCACCAAUAGAAGGUUCCAGUAGACCUUCCAGGCGGGGAGAGGAGCCACCUCCACUUGCUGAGGCCCGGAGCUUUGGGACCAGCCACUUUCAUCGUCUUCGGGUCUUUGGUCACUUUUUCCAAGACAGACCAAACGUACAGCCUCCGGGCUUGGCGGGCUGGUAGACAAGCUGGGUUAUGAUUUGGGUCCAGAUGCCUCAGUCCCCGCAUGGGGCUCAGCCUUUGGACCACAGAUCUCCCGUCACUCAGAGUCGGGAUGCUUUGUCUCGCAUUCUCUGUGAGCAUUGUAGAAAUCGUAAGUAAACGCUGCUGCCUCCCUGUUGCUUCCCACAGUGA